AUCAAUGGCCCGCUGAGGAUCGACAAGAUCGACGAAACAACACAAGGCCUGUAAGAGUAGGCAACAAGAGCGCCCUUGACCGUAUGUGCCACUAGAAAAUAAAUUAUAUCAAGCGAAAUAGUAAUAUGAUAUAAUUAAAUGAAGUUAAUCUAGACUUUACCUUCAACUUCAAACUGUGAACCUGAGCCUUUUAUGAGGUUUAUCUCAUUUCAUAUCCCUACAUUGCUAGCCAUUUGGGGGCCAAAUGCAAAGGUUCGUGGCAUGUAUUUUGUCUCACUCUUCACUUAGGCUAUGGAUUCAAUUGACACCGCUUAUGGGAUCGAGAAGGCGCCAUUGUAGGAUGUUAUAUUGUCCGAUUAGAACUCAUUGACAUAUAGCCAGUUGGGCUCAUGGGGGUGAAAAACCUCGCUGGGGUAGUCGUACACACAGUCCAGUACCCAACGGACGAUCGGCAUUGUGAUGAUCUUUUAUUGGCCAUCGCUGAACUUUACUAUAUCUGACCCAAGCACAGCCUCACCAAGGGAUGAGAAUAUGUUAGGCCUCUAUUGCGUUCCCCAGACCUUCAUUACACACCCAUCUCUCAUGUAUCCGGGCCGCUUUCCCACACAACACCAUGGACCUGGACGAUGAAUCCCACAAAAUGAUAGAUUUGCUCGAAAGUAAAAAAAUGUCCGACCAAAGCGACAACGAAUGCGAGUCGCAAUUCCCUGUAAAAGUUCACAGAUCCUUUCGAACGCGGAUAGCCGAGUGGUAUUCUGGAUGGAGAUUCACUCUUGCAUUGGCAUCAUUUGCGAGCAUCAUCGUCCUGGCAUUUAAUCUCGGGUUUGUUAUAUGGGCUGCUGCGCACCAUAAAGUAGAAAAAAGUCGGGGCACUUUGCACGAGGGAAAUUGUGAGAAAGUACAACAUAUGAGUACGGGCUUGCAUUUCGCUAUCAAUAUUCUCAGUACGAGUCUAUUGGGUGCAAGCAACUACUGCAUGGUCUGUGGAGGCCUUCUCGCUUCUCCAUACACAGCUUGGUUUGCUGAGAAGGGCAGAUGGCUCGACAUAGGUGUGCCCAGUAUCCGGAAUCUGCGACAGGUAUCCCGAACACGCGCGAUUUUGUACAACUCGACCAUAUUUGCCAUUACCUCAGCCAACUCGUACUGGGUAUUUACUGCACCAGAGGGCUUUGUGAAACAGGAUGUGCAGAAUAUCACUUCUGACAAGGGAGACACUAUCAAUGACGCCUUAAGCCGCCUGCGUGCCGAAGCGCAGAAUGGAACCCUUCAGCGCCUCGAAAUCUCUCAGUGUGUUAAUGCAUAUGCGACAGACUUCCAGACUACCUAUGGGAGCUUAAUACUGGUGACAAACGAUACCGGUCAACUAGAUCAGUACCAGUCAAUCGCACAGCAAACCACCUUUUUGCCGGAAGAGAACCUCCGAACUUCCGCUUCAGACCCGUAUAAGUGGAUCUGCUCAGCACAGGCAGAGGCAAAAGAUCAUACUUGUAGUCAACUUCUUUCAGAUGUCAAGGACCAAGUUUCCAAGAACAGUUGGUACGUGGAUCGUUACCGAGUCGCAUACUGUCUUGCGGAGCGACCACCACAACGUUGCAAGCUAGAAUACAGCCUCCCAUUAGCGAUCAUCGUGAUUGUCUUCAACUUGGUUAAGGCCAUCAUAAUUGGAUACACCGCUGCAAGUGCCACGAAAAAGCCUAUCCUGACGACAGGAGAUGCCGUCGUUUCUUUCAUGCUGAAACCCGACGAGUUUACACGGGGUCAAUGCCUCCUCACCAGAGAAUCCGUGAAGACGCGCCGCUGCCGACCGAGCUACAAGUCAUCCAUGUUCAAUCGCACGCCAAAGCGAUGGCACGCAGCUGUCUCAGGCAGGCGCUACCUCCUUGGACUUGUCUCAUAUACCGUCGCCAUCGUCAUCUGCAUCGGCCUUCUUAUAUUCGGAGUUCUGAGUAUGAGGGACAAAUCGAACACCUGGACGAUGGGUCUCGGUGCGAUCAACACUCAGACCCUCAUCACAGGGACCAGAUGGGUGACGUCGCUCAUUUCCAACGUGCUCGUCGCCAACACGCCGCAACUACUCUUCUCCAUCAUCUACUUCACCUUCAACGCCAUCUUCACCGCCAUGACCCUUGCCGCGGAAUGGAGCCGAUACGCCAACCACCGCAAGGGUCUGCGUGUCUCCGGUCCCCCCGACGUCGCCCAACGCAGCAGCUACUUCCUCUCCCUCCCCUACCGCUUCGCCGUGCCCGCAUUGACCUUCUCCGCCCUUCUCCACUGGCUCCUCUCGCAGAGCCUGUUUGUGGUCGGGAUUGAAUCGUACACUGGCAACCUACAACGGGACCCCACGCGGGAUUUUAUUACAUGCGGAUACUCUCCCCCGGCUAUCUUGAGUGCCAUUCUGGUGGGGGUGGUGAUGGUGGUCUGGCUGGUCGGGUUUAGUUUCAGGCGCUUGGAGUCCGGCAUGCCCGUUGCGGGAAGUUGUAGUCUGGCUAUUGCGGCGGCUUGUCAUCCCACGUUGAGCCUUCAGGGGGAUGAGUAUGUGGAGGGGGAAGGGAAGUUGGGCGCGGAACAGAUGAGGUUGCAGUGGGGGGUGACCUCUGUCGAUGCGGACGGGGAGGGACAUUGUAGCUUCUCGAGUGAGAAGGUGGGAGUACCGGAAGAUGGGAAAAUCUACCGGUGA